AUGAAUUGGUUUAAACAGACACUCGCAAAUGUCGUGGGAACCGAGGAGCCCGAGUAUGGUUCGGCAGGCAUUCGAACGGUGACAGCUCAAGCCGAGAAGACUCCCUACACCGAAUUAACCAAGAAGGAUUUAAAAUGGAAGGCUCAAGAGAGCACAAAUGUUGAGACUCAGACCUUCUAUAUGAUCUCUGAUGAGGGUAAAAUUGCAUCUGUUCAGAUGAUUUACAAUAAUGUGGCCGGACUUCGAACAACUUGUCAACUCAAUGUUAAGGUAUUCAACCACAAAGGUCCCAAACAAUCUGACCAUCUUUGGCUUUCUGAUUCACUCGAAAACUAUGGAUUUGAUGAGGAGAUGGUUUCGUUCUACGCAGAUGGCCUUUCAAUCGCCUUGAAUGAAGCUGGCGACGAAUAUACCAUUAAAGCCGCUCGUAAUGAGUCUGGACUUGUCAAUCUUGUAUUCAAACGCGCAUCCCCUGGCUUCCAGGUGGGUGAGAAUGGAACCACCUAUUACGGUACCGACCCUGCCGCACCAUGGGGUGAAAUGAGACAUCGUUUCUGGCCUCGAUGCACCGUCACUGGUACAAUUACCACACCCGAGAACAAUUAUGACUUCAAAGGGCGCGGUCUUUUCAUUCACGCCAUCCAAGGCAUGAAACCUCACCACGCUGCAGCAAAAUGGAAGUUUGUGACUUUCCAAACACCUACCUACUCCGCCAUCAUGAUGGAAUUCACAACCCCUGCCUCUUAUGGUCACACCUCUGUGAAUGUUGGAGGUGUUGUUAAAGACGGCGAAAUUGUAUAUGCCGGUGCUACCAAUACCGUCAAGUAUACUGAAUCGAAGGAUGAUCCAGAUACUCUUUGGCCAGAACCCCUCUCAGCGGAGUACAAAUGGGAAGGCAAGAGCAAAUCUGGUGCAUUUUCUGCAGUUCUGAGUGGACCUCUCGGGGAAAGAACAGACAGAGUUGAUAUUCUAUCCCAUAUCCCCAGUUUUAUCAAAUCGGUCGUUGGAGGAGUUGUAGGAACUAGACCCUUUUGCUACCAGUGGGCUAUCCCCCCAAGAGACUCCUUUGUUCUUAAGAUCAAGGAUGGCGAGACAGUUGUAGAGGAGCAAGGAACACUCUUCGGCGAAGCAACCUUCAUUUUGUAG